ACGCGCGGCGGCGGCGGCGCCGCCCCCCCGUCCCCGAGUCCACGGGAAGAUGGCGGCGCCGCUGCUCCCGGUGUCCCAGCAGAUUCCCACUGGAAACCCGCUGUAUGAGUCCUACUACAAGCAGGUGGACCCCGCCCACACCGGAAGAGUUGGGGCCAGUGAAGCUGCGCUGUUCCUCAAGAAGUCGGGCCUCUCAGACAUCACCCUGGGGAAGAUAUGGGACCUGGCAGACCCCGAAGGUAAAGGUUUCUUGGACAAGCAGGGUUUCUAUGUGGCGCUGAGGCUGGUGGCCUGUGCGCAGAGUGGCCAUGAAGUCACAUUGGGCAACCUGAGUCUGAGCAUGCCACCCCCCAAGUUCCAGGACCCCAGCAGCCCCCUGAUGGCCACGCCGCCGUCCACAGAGGCCCACUGGGCUGUUCGGGUAGAGGAAAAGACCAAAUUCGAUGAGAUCUUCGACAGCCUGCUGCCCGUCAACGGCCUGCUGUCCGGGGACAAGGUCAAGCCGGUCCUCAUGAACUCCAAGCUGCCUCUUGACGUGCUGGGCAGGGUCUGGGACCUCAGUGACAUUGACAAGGAUGGGCACCUGGACCGCGACGAGUUUGCAGUGGCCAUGCACCUGGUCUACCGUGCCCUCGAGAAGGAGCCCGUGCCCGCUGUGCUGCCGCCCGCCCUCAUCCCGCCCUCCAAGAGGAAGAAGACGGUGUUCCCGGGUGCCGUGCCCGUCCUGCCCGCCAGCCCCCCACCCAAGGACAGCCUGCGCUCCACGCCGUCACACGGCAGCGUGAGCAGCCUCAAUAGCACGGGCAGCUUGUCCCCCAAGCACGGCGUCCGGCAGCCGCAGCCGGCCGUGACCUGGGUGGUGCCGGUGGCGGACAAGAUGCGUUUCGACGAGGUCUUCCUCAAGACCGACCUGGACCUGGACGGCUACGUGAGUGGCCAGGAGGUGAAGGAGAUCUUCAUGCACUCGGGCCUCACCCAGAACCUGCUGGCACACAUCUGGGCCCUGGCCGAUACGAGGCAGACGGGAAAGUUAAGCAAAGACCAGUUCGCGUUAGCUAUGUAUUUCAUUCAGCAGAAGGUCGGUAAAGGCAUUGACCCCCCUCAAGUCCUUUCGCCGGACAUGGUCCCACCUUCAGAGAGAGGCACUCCCGGCCCGGACGGCUCCAGCUCCCUGGGGUCGGGGGAGUUCACGGGCGUGAAGGAGCUUGAUGACAUCAGCCAGGAAAUCGCCCAGUUACAGAGAGAGAAAUAUUCUCUGGAGCAGGACAUCCGGGAGAAGGAGGAGGCUGUCCGGCAGAAGACGAGCGAGGUGCAGGAAUUGCAGAAUGACCUGGACCGGGAGACGAGCAGCCUGCAGGAGCUCGAGGCGCAGAAGCAGGAUGCACAGGACCGCCUGGACGAGAUGGACCAGCAGAAAGCCAAGCUCCGGGACAUGCUGAGUGACGUGCGGCAGAAGUGCCAGGGCGAGACCCAGCUGAUCUCGUCGCUGAAGACGCAGAUCCAGUGUCAGGAGUCUGACCUCAAGUCCCAGGAGGACGACCUGAAUCGGGCCAAGUCGGAACUGGCGCGCCUGCAGCAGGAGGAGGCGCAGCUGGAGCAGAGCAUCCAGGCGGGCCGCGUGCAGCUCGAGACCAUCAUCAAAUCCCUCAAGUCCACGCAGGACGAGAUCAGCCAGGCCAGAAGCAAGCUGUCCCAGCUGCAUGAGAGCCGCCAAGAGGCCCAGCGGAGCCUGGAGCAGUUCAGCCAGGCCCUGGACGGGGCCCAUGGCGCCAGCCUCACCGACCUGGCCACCCUGAGUGAAGGCAUCUCCCUGGCAGAGCGGGGCGGUUUCGGAGCCAUGGACGACCCUUUCAAAAACAAAGCCUUGUUAUUUAGCAACAACACCCAGGACUUGCACCCGGACCCUUUCCAGACCGAAGACCCCUUCAAGUCCGACCCAUUCAAAGGCGCGGAUCCCUUCAAAGGUGACCCGUUCCAGAACGAUCCCUUCGCAGAGCAACAGGUUACAUCCACAGACCCCUUUGGAGGGGACCCUUUCAAAGAAAGCGACCCGUUCCGCGGCUCUGCCUCCGACGACUUCUUCAGGAAACACACCAAGACCGACCCGUUCGCCAAAAACGCGUCCUUGCCGGCCAAGCUCGACCCCUUUGAAGCCAGCGACCCCUUCUCCUCCAGCGUCUCCUCCAAAGGCCCAGAUCCCUUCGGAACCCUGGACCCCUUCGGCAGCGGGACCUUCAGCAGUGCCGAGGGCUUUGCCGACUUCAGCCACAUGUCCAAGCCCCCAUCCUCCGGGCCUUUCACGUCCUCCGUGGCAGGGGCCGGAUUCCCAGAUGACCCCUUUAAAAGUAAACAGGACACUCCCGCUCUGCUUCCGAAGAAACCUGCUCCGCCACGGCCUAAGCCGCCCAGCGGUAAAAGUACGCCCGUAAGCCAGCUUGGCUCUGCAGACUUUGCCGAGGCCCCCGACCCGUUCCAGCCACUCGGGGCCGACAGCGGCGACCCCUUCCAAAAUCAGCAGGGGUUUGGGGACCCGUUUAGUGGAAAAGACCCCUUUGUCCCCUCCUCUCCAGCCAAGGCCCCCAAGGCGGCCUCCUCGGCCUUUGCAGACUUGGCUUCUUUUGGCAAUGAGGAGCAGCAGCUGGCAUGGGCCAAGCGGGAGAGCGAGAAGGCGGAGCAGGAGCGGCUGGCGCGGCUGCGGCGGCAGGAGCAGGAAGACCUGGAGCUGGCCAUCGCGCUGAGCAAGGCCGACAUGCCGGCCGCCUAGGCGCGGGCGCUGGGCUCGCCAGG